CGAGCGAUGUAAACAUGGCAGCCUCCAGUGCUCGCUGUACUGCACGCUGGCUGUCAACCGGUUUACCUGGACUUCGCAGCACUUGUGCGCUUUUGAAGUCAUCUAGACACAGAGAUAUUGCGGCUCUGAGGAUAUGUUGGACUCGCAGUUAUGUAAAGGAGGGUCAUUUAAGCUGCUGGAGGCACAGAGGAGGUGUGACAUUGAACAGGGUACCAGUGUUGAGGAGCCACAGUUUUUUCAACUCUCAUUUCUUCCACACUACUUCUGGGUGCCAUCAGCAGGACUACUAUGACAUUUUGGGGGUUCCUCGGACUGCCUCACAGAAAGACAUUAAGAAAGCCUACUACCAGCUGGCCAAGAAAUAUCACCCAGACACAAACCCAGAUGACCCUGACGCAAAGGAGAAGUUUGCCAAGCUGGCAGAAGCCUAUGAGACCCUCAGUGAUGAGCUGAAGAGGAAGCAGUAUGACACGUACGGUUCUGCCGGUCCCGGCGCGAGUGGGCCGGGCCAGCAGCAGUACUGGAGAGGCGGGGCCACCGUGGACCCAGAGGAGCUGUUCAGAAAGAUCUUUGGAGAGUUUGCAGGGGGACGUGGCUUCGGGGACCUCAACUCCAUGUUCGAUCAGGCACCUGAAUUUGUGAUGGAGCUGACAUUCAUGCAGGCUGCCAAAGGCGUGAAUAAAGAGAUAACGGUCAACAUAGAUGACGCCUGUCCACGCUGUGAUGGAAAAGGUCACGAGCCGGGAACUAAAGUAUCACAUUGUCACUACUGUAAUGGAACUGGCAUGGAGUCUAUAAACACGGGUCCAUUUAUGAUGCGCUCCACAUGUAGGCGUUGUGGUGGGCGGGGCUCUAUCAUCAUCACUCCUUGUGUUAUGUGCCGAGGAAGUGGACAAACCAAGCAGAAGCAGACCGUCAUGGUACCUGUGCCUGCAGGUAUAGAAGAUGGACAAACAGUUAAGGUGCCGGUUGGGAAGAAAUACAUUUACAUCACAUUCAGGGUCCAGAGGAGUCCAGUGUUUCGCCGUGAUGGUGCUGAUAUCCACUCUGAUGUGAUGAUUUCGGUAGCGCAGGCGAUUCUAGGAGGAACAGCCAGAGCACAGGGCCUCUACAGCAGCAUCGACAUUGCGAUUCCUCCAGGCAUUCAGACAGACCAUAAGAUCAGACUAGCAGGAAAAGGCAUCCCACGUGUUAAUAGCUUCGGUUACGGAGAUCAUUAUGUAUAUAUCAAAGUCAAAAUUCCUAAGAAACUGACAAAUAGGCAGAGAAUGCUGCUCUUGAGUUAUGCAGAGGAUGAGAUGGAUGUGGAAGGAACUGUUACUGGAGUAACCAGACCAGCCAAAAGUAGUUCUCAGGCCGGACAGACUUCAGAAUCGGGGCAGAGUAAAGAGAAAGAGCCAGAGAAGGAGCCAGAGAAAGAGGAAGGGGGAUUUUUCUCUAAACUGAAGAAGAUGUUCACCUGAAGAUCAUGGAAGCCAGUGGUCUUGAGAUGUUUUAGUGUAGACUUGGUUGGCCAAAGACAAGAAGUAUGAAAGGUGUACAAGAAAGAAGCGCACUUACCCGGCAGAGGAUCUCCAAUCACACACAUCUUCAAUCUGCUUAUUCAGAUUAAUUGCUGAGGUACUUCAACAUUAAACUCACUGUUAUUUUUUUAAAUUAUGUAUUCAUAAUAAAGCUUUAAGAACCUCCAGCAAUUCUCAGCCUGAGGAUGACGAGGCAAACCUUUCUGUGCUGUUGAUAUAUACUGAUGUGUCAAUGGGGAUGUCUGAAUAAAUGCUCACAAGAAAUAUGUUUUGUUAUACUGUAUUACUUUUGUAAUUUUAUUACAUUUCUGUUUGUUAAAGUUAACUCAAGGCUGUGUUUUAUUGUUAACAUAAUCAAGGCUAAUAAGCACUGCUAGCAACCCUUCAGCUGUGACUACAUGAUAAAUAAAAUUUGUAGUCUAUGAAUACAUUUGCCUCACAAAUAAGUUUUACUGUGUUUUUAAACUGUAGAUGUAAUAUGUCUGCUACAAGUAUUAUUAAAGCAGAAUAUAUUUUUUUGUGGAAAUUGAUAUUGCUGAAAAACGCAAUCAACAAUAUAGAAUAGAUAACACUAAUAAGGCGUGAAAGGCCAUGAUUUAUCGUUAAAACAGUCAAGGUUGAAGAGUAUUUCUUUAGCUCUGACUACAUUAUAAAUAAAAUUGUUUACAUACAUUUGCCUCACAAAUAAGGUGUUACUCUGUUCCAGUCUGUUUUUAAACUGAAUAUAAUAGCUGUGUACUAAAAUUAGCCUACUGUUUAUUUAAGAAAAUCAAUCUACUCCUUGUGAAAAUUAACCAUGGUUUUACUACAAAUAAUAAUAAAGAAGCAUGACUACUUUAGCUCAGUGUUUCCCAACCCUGUUCCUGGAGGCACACCAACAGUGCACAUUUUGGUUAUCUCCCUUAUCUGACCAGUAUAUUUCUGGUAUCGAGUCUCUACUAACGAGAUGAUGAGUUGAUUCAGGUGUGUUUGAUCAGGCAAAGUUGGAAAAUGUGUAGUGUUGGUGUGCCUCCAGGAACAGGGUUGGGAAACACUGCUUUAGCUAACUGUGGUUAUACAAAUCGUAGUUAAUACGUAAAAAAAAAACAUGGUUUUUACGUACAUUUGCCUCACAAUUAUUUAUUCAAGAAUAUUUUUCCCCCCGAAAAUAUUUCAUUGAAAAAUAUAUCUACUCCUUGUGGAAAAAAAAACAAACAAAACAAACAAAAAAAAAACAUGGCCACUAAAACCACAAUUGAACUAUGGUUUUGCUACACAUCUUAACCACUGUAUUUGUAGUAAAACUGUGGUUAUCCCUUACGAAAAUCAACCAUGGUUUUGCUACACUAACCAUGGUAUUUGUAUUAAAACUGUGGUUAUACAAAUAGGUAAUAAAAAAAACCCAUGGUUAUUCAUUUGUACUAUGUCUGCUAUAAGUAUUAUGUAUUAAGGCAGUAUAUUCUUUCCUCAAAUUAAUAUUGCUGAAAAACGCUAUUUAAAAGUCAA